GUGUUUAACGCCUUUGACGCGCAUGUCAAGCCGCAGACACCGCAAACGCCCCCUUCGACGUCUUUAACGUUAAAUGCUGCCCUUUCCCGUUUUGCCGUAGUGCCGUACGGCCUUGUUUACGCUGGCUGGAAAGGAGAGUGGAUGCACUGCUCAAUGUCGCUACCUGCGAUCGGCACUACCAAAAUUUGGAAUCCUUAGACAAAUGACGGCUUCAAAGCGCUAAUGAGUCCAGCCAUGCAGUCAAAGAAGUUUAUGAAGGCGGUGUUCAAGGAAGUCAAAGAUGGGAAACAAUCAAGGAUGUUCAUCGAGAAUGAUGUUGAUAUUCCAAAGCUUGACAAGUAUUCCGUAUUGGUUAGUGUGAAAGCAUGCGGUCUUUCCACCAAUGAUGACAAGAUUUUGAAAGUCCUGUACAAGGACCAGUCAAGGACCAAGUACCCGAUAUGUCACGAGAUCGCUGGUGUGGUGGUUGAGGUUGGAGACUGGGUAACAUCUGUGGAUCGUGGUGAUGAAGUAGUGGGUUUGAUUCCUCUCGACUACGGGCAGUCAGGAUGUGCUGAAUACGUACGUCUCAAUGAAUAUGAUGUCGCCAAGAAGCCACAAAAUGUGAGCUUUGUCGAUGCUGCUGGCUGCAUUGGCGAUGCUGUGAAGGCCUACACAGGCUUGCACUACCUUGGACGCCUCACAAGCGGUGAUACUGUUCUAGUCAUGGAUGGUGCAUCUUCAUUUGGAGCUAUCGCCAUUCAACUGGCCAAGCAUUGGGGUGCCAAGGUGAUCACCACAGCGAGCUCAGAUGACGAGGUGCUUUACCUCGAGGGGCUUAAGAGCCAGGUGGCCCGGGUGGUGGACCUCCGCAAGACAGACAACAGCGUCUCCGGAUCCGACUUCCAUCCGACCUACAUGACGGGUGCUGGUGGCAACAACAACAACAACAACAAUGUCAAUAACAACACUGGUGGGAAUGCCCGGGCACUGCUGCCAGCCUGUAUGCAGGAAUCCGCAGGCCUUGGCAUAGAUCUUGUGCUGGACAAUGGCGUCACACAGUUUGCGGAGACAAGCUACCGCAUCCUAGAGGAAACUUGUGAUCAUCCAGUGCCAAGCAAGCAUGACAUUGUCUCCUGCCUUGCAGUGGGUGGCCGUUGGAUUACUUCCAAGAGUGACCUUCAGCUGGACCCACCACACUCCCAGAUGAUGUUUAUGAAGUGUGCUUCGAUUGGAUUCCUUUUUGAGCAAGCCUGGAUCCUGUCCUCUACACAGCAAGGUCGUUACCUGCACAUCCUGAUGGACAUAAUGGAGAAGGUUUCCAAUGGAGUGAUCAGGCCAAACAUCCAUCACACGGUUUCUUUUGAGGCUGUCCCUGACGCUCUCGAGAGCCUUGCAGAUAAGAGAGUGGGCAAAGUCGUGAUGAAGAUGAAGUGAACGAAGCGGUGUGCUGUGCCAUGCAGCGGUGCUAAAGUUUGACAACUCUUUCUUCUGGUCACUACGGGCUCUCUACGCCCCUUUCUCCGUCACUCAAGUAGCCAGUGUCUUUAUAACUAGCUCUAGUUGUUUGUAAUAUCCUUUUUUUUUUCAGUGUUGGCCCACCCAACACUAUCACAUUUACAUGCUCUUGCGGCUCGCAAUUCGUUCUAGUUCCUCACCCGUUCCUCGAACACUGUAGUGCUUGCCGCCGAUGGUGGUCCCAGUUACAACGGCGUUAGGAUAGUAAUUUACAUGUGCAAUACGCUAGCAAAAUGCACACCUUAACUUGCUCAUUUGUGUAGCACGUGCUGUGUGAUGUCCUUGUGAUAGAGCACUCGGCUACGAUAAUCGAAUCCCCUCGCACAAGCUGUUGAAACUAGUUCAUACACGUUUAGUUCUGUACAGGGAAUGUGACAGUUAGCUUCAGACCUUUCUGUUAAUGGUUUCUGUUGAACUUUUUGAUGUUUAGACACUGGUUGUGUGUCUAGUUUGUGGCUAGUCAUUGCAGGACCUUGAGAACGAGCAGCACUGUAUCUAUGUGCACUUGACUAGCGGUAGCUUCAUGGGCCAGCCAAUGCGUAUCUUGUCACAUGCAUGUUGUAGAGUGUUGGAUGUCAGUGAUUGCUUCUGUUGUCAUGUGCACAUUAUGGCGGACAUGAAGAACGAGUGAUGGUUUGUGUUGUUGCAUUUACAGAGUUUCAAAUCUCUGAAACAAGGAUUAAAGCAUUGUUAGAAGGAAGCCCUUGCUGUGCUUUGUCCAAGCAGAAAGAAUGUCCAAGACAAUUCUGACUUGUCCGUGCAUAUACGAAAAGCCUGUGCCCAUGUUGUAAACUUGCAGUGAUCCACUUGUGUUAGUGUUAAUUUCGAGUGACUGUGAGAAAUUGCUCUGUUAAGUGUCUGGUUUUACAUUAAGCUGGCAGCAUUGUUGAUUGUGGACCAUACAUUAAAUAGUGACUGUGCUGUAAUACAUUUCUGUCACUGAGAAAAUUUGGUCUCACUUUCAGAAAAUGUUGCUGGCAAAACAGUGUGUGAUCUAACAAGUCCAAGAAACACGUUUGUGUUUGGUGUGGAUUGUGUACUCUACGGUAGACUCUUAGUAGCAGCUAUAAAAUGCUGAAUCAUAUGGAAAGUCAGUGGAUGGAAAGCAUGUGCUUAGAAUUUUUGAACAUGCAUUUUAUGUUCUGAAGGAAAAAGAGAAGUACUACAGUACCACGAAGCUAGUCCUCAGUGACCCCAAUGCAUUGUGCAUUGUCAUUCCACAUGAUUGUUUCACAUCAGUUCACAUCAACACUGGCAAUGGUUGCAGUUUUCAAAACGCCAGUUUUCUCUGCACACCAGCAGAUUACACACUGCUCACUUACGCUUCUUUGGUUACUGAUAACUAGAAAUAUUAUGCUUAGGUUUCAUAGUCGCAAUGUUGCCCUUUGUCUCUUGACUUCAUUCAGCUUCAUUUUGCUCUCAUGGUUCACCUUUCGAGAUGUAUUAAGUAACGCUUGAGUGUAAAGUUUGCUUUGAAAAAUAAUACAAUUAAAAAAAUAAUUUCAUGUGUACAGGUAACCAAACCAUUUUGUUAUCGUUUGUAAAUGAUAGUUCUUGAGUGAUCGCUUAAUGGAAAAAUUAUCUUGAAUGUACUUCUUUGGGAGCGACAUUCAAUGUUCUGCGUCACAUGGGGGAGUAAUUGCUUGCAAAAUUGUGCAUAUUCAAGCACCAGAAGGCCUCCCUAUACUCUUUCAUGGUGUCUUAACAACCUUGCAUUCGAAAAAUUCUCUUUGUCUAGGUGACCCAUCGUACACCGUUCCAUUUGUCUUCGCAUAUGCUGGGCAGGUCAGGCUAGUGGAGGUCCGAGACGAUGGUACCAUGUAAACAUUGUGAAUGUUUCUUCUCAUAUCUUUGGGAAAUUUGCUGUAGCUCCUACUUUAUACAUAUUUCGCUUGCCUUCUUCUUGUUCUACUGCCUUCACCAUUCCUACUUCUGAGAGAAACUUGUAUUACUUCCAAGUGACUAUUUACACUUUUGUUCUUCGCCUAGUGUUCUCACACAUUAUCUCGCAGUGCCAGGCAGUUUUGAAAGUUUAGCAUACCAGUUAUUGAGGUAGAUGUAGCGAUAUAUUACCUACUUGCAGUCCCGUAAACGCAUUGUUUAUCCGUCCCUCUUUCGGCUACCUUUCUUUCAUGCUGCGUGCAGUUUUCAUGCACACUAUCCCUCCUCUUCUGCAAAAACAAUCUCAACCAUAAUGCUCAGUACCACUGUUGAAAGACGACGUGUCUCUUAAACAGUAAGUGAGCAGAAGCUUGCAUGGUUUUACAAUUAGCAGCGCGGGUGACAAAUGCUUAUUAACACUCUGCCAAAGAGGCUGGCAGCAAUAGAUGUGUACAGUACUCAGACUUUUCUAGCAGAAUGGGAUAAACCUGUGAGAUUUGUUAAAAGUAUUUUAAGGAUAUGUUCAACUGGUUGUGUUCAGACCACUCCAGUAGCACUACAAAAGUCGUGCGGAACACCAUUUAAGCUGUACUACAGGCAUAAAUGUUCUGCAAUAGCAAUGCCGAAGCCAGAUUAUCGCUCUAGACCCACUGAUUCUUGUAAUACAACAUUAAAUUUGUCGUUACACUACUUUCACAGAACUUUCAGAGUUAUCUGAAACAGUCAAUUUAAUGCCCUAAGAUAUCAUGACAGAAUUGUCGGUAAUCCGUGCUGUUUUUGUACUGCGCAGAUGACACCAUGGGCAAAAACUUGAUCUAUUUAACCAUAAGGACUCCAUAGUAGUUCAUGGUCACACGCUGCAUGCAUGUAUUAGCUGGCCAUCACCACAUUGUCACUUCUAUUAGCUUUGCUCGGAUUGACCUGCUGAUUUAAAAUUACAAUUUCAGUGAAUGUUGGUUUCUCGCAACAGAAAAGGAAAACUUGCGAUUUCCAUCAAAAUUUUCUGAGGCAUUCAGUUCUUUUGCCAACCCCUUUGGAAAAUGCCAGGAUGAGCCACUUCCAGUCUGAGUAUUUAGCCAGUUAGACACCUCUUCUUAUUUAUGAUUAAAAACCUUACCACCGGGAGCCUUAAAUGCCAAUGGCCUUAAUGGCCUCAAAUGCCACUAUCUUAACUGCAAAUGACAGUAAUAGCAAAUGUUCAAGCACUAUUCCACACCAAGGAAAAUUAUAACUUGGUUCAUCUUUGUUUAUGGCCUUGGAGAAUACAUUAAAACAUAUCAAUAUGAGUAAAAAAUAAUACAGCAAUUAAUUUUUGAUGAGUUUGUUGAAUUAUCUGCACAUAAAAUCUCAGUCAAGUGUUUCAAAUAUACCACUAUAAUUUUUUGCACUUUUAAAUCUGAAUUUUGAUGUAUCAAAUUCAGGGUAUCACAAAUGAUAUGUUGGGCUUUGUUGGCUUAAAUCUUAGUGCUGUUAGCAGUGAACAGAGUAUUGACAAAUCAACGCUUUAUCAAGCGUGCACUAUUGUUCCCACGUAUGUGUUUAGCAGUACACUUACUAGAUGACCUUAAACAAACACUUAACAAGGACCGUUACGACUUUUUUUUUUUUUUUUUUUUUGAAGAAAUGCCUUUUCACACAUCAGAAGUCUUUGGCAGUGACACCAGUAAUCAUCGGGCUAUACUUUACAGUUUCGCGUCCUUCAAAAUUACAGGCGCUAUUUUUCUUCAACCACACCGUCUUUAGAUUUAACAGUUGUGGACGUGUGUGCUCUCUGACGCGUUACAGCAAUCCUUGCCUUAGGAAAAAAAAAAAAAAAAGAGCCUUAACUUUGCUUAAUGACCUUGCUGCCAAAUUUAAGCAAUUUAUGAGCUUUCUGAAAACUGAAUUUAAGCCAAGCUUCUGUGAUCGGCGGUAGUAUUGUCAUAAUUUCGUCUAGUGACACGAAAUGCACAUAUGCAAUACAGACUCUGAAAUUGAUGGCAUUAACGAAUGCAAUGCCCACGCCACACAGGCACAAAAGAUGGCAUUAAUUGCUUAAUGCCUUAAAGUUUAAUGUCAUUCGCAUGGUGCCAAAUGGACAUGCGUAAGCAUUAAAGCUUAAUGAAACUUGCAGCAUACUAGUGUACCCUCAACUCAUUUGGCUGUCGAAUGCAUACAGUGUGUACUGUUGCUCUAAAUGUUAAAAGUUACGGCUGCACAGAAAGAAUACAGUUUCAAGCAAAAUGUGCCUCUUGAUGUUAUUGGUGCCAUUUAUUGCACAUCUACCAGCUAAAUGACUUUCUGGCAUUGCUGCACUCACUGCAGCUAUCAUCAUUGCGGCAUUUAAUGUCACUAAGACUGCGUGUGUGGUACCAACUUGAUGUUAAGGUCCUGGCAUAGACAUAAAACCGUUGAUGUUGUUAACCUUAGCCAUGUGACACAGGUACAGACUGUAGUCCUCAAGUAUGAGGCAAGCCAUUAACAAGCUGCUCCCAAGUGUUGGGACUCUCAUCUUUCAAUUGCAGGGCAUGCCUUGAGGCAAAACCAUCUUUCCUGUACUCCCUGCCAAUACUGCUUUGGCAACUAAGAACAAAGCUUUGUCCUUCAUGUGCUUUAACUUCUGGCAAACAAAGGUUUCCACCAAGUGUGCCACUACUGUCUUGAAACGAACACGUAACAACGAAAUGGCACCGAAAGGAAGGCGUGCCAACAAUCUUGCACCAGACCAUUUAUGAUUAUUGGUGAGCUACUCCAGAUGUCGAGCAACAGUACAGAUUGUGUGGUCUGUUGGUGCUCCUUGUAAAUGUUGCAAAGUGUGUUCCGUGUACAUGUUUAAAGAAGUUAUCUCCACCUCAAAAACACUGCUACAUGUCCUCCAUCAAGAAGGGAAAAAAAAUUUGGUUGUGACUUUUGGAAGAGCCAUAUUUAAUAAAACAUGCAUGUUUCAUUAUUUACAUUAGCAAAUGCUUCACAUGCUGUUGAUAAAGUAUCAUUGCUCAUGCAUCAAUUGCCGACACGUUUGUCUGGGAAAAAGAAAAUGUUUUCUCCUCUUGCAGCCAGCACACCAAAGUGAGAGCUGCAGUGUUACAACCACAGGCACAAAUUCACCUCUCAAUUCUAGCUCCUUCAGCAAUCAGCUUUUGUGGGCACUUGUAGAGCUAAAAAAACUUAUAAAAAUAUGCACCAUAGCCUCACUUGCUGAAAAGCUGCUUCAGGAGCCAUUUGUUAUGCUUUUAAGGGGCUGUAUGACGUAACAUUCUUUUCAUUCUUUAUUAUUUUUGCCUUGCAUCAUUCGUUGGCAUGACGCCAGGUCUUCCUUAUCACUAUUAUUUGCAACUGGCUGUGACAGAUGAUAAAAAAUGAAUAGAAUUGACAAGGAAUCCUUGUAUUCAUUGUUUUCAUUUUGGCUGUUGUUCUCCAUUCACACAAUUUCACUACUUAGAGCUACAUUAUGAGCUGUGAUGGGUCUUUCACCUUUGCCACAAAUUUACACAACGCAAUCGCAUAAAUGCUUGUCCCAAUGCUAAUGCAAUGUACUUCUGCUAAGCAAUAAAAACUUUAGGCACCCCAGCCAUUUGACAACUCGAA